UCAACCAUUGCCUCGUCUUAGAUUUUAUUAUCCAUUAAUUAAAAGAAAUGGAUGGACUUCAGCAAAUAGGUCUACCAAUUUUGGGAAUUGUUGCAGCUGCUGCUGUUACAUUUUAUGUAGUUAGUUUUUCUGAGAUCAGAGAGAAAUCGUUGAGGGACUAUGAAGAUAGAGAAGAUUAUGAAGGGAAUGGUAAGUUCAAGUCCUCCUUGAGUUCUAGAGAGAGAAGAGCUAGAAGAAAGGCUGAGAAGGAUUCCAAAUCUUGAUAAUUUGUAUGCUUAUAUUCCUUUUUCUUCAUCUUAUAUUUUUACUAAGUUGUAGAUUAGUUUAUUGAUUGUAUGAAGAAUUUGAGAAUCUUUUUUAAUCUCUGGUAUAUUUAUUGGAUGUAUUAUAAGUGAGUUUUGUUUGUAAUUCUUGUUAGUUAUUAAAUUGAUUUUUAGUGUA